AUGAGGAACCAGACUAUAAGAGAUGAAUUGAAGAUCUACGAUUUUCUCCGCUCCCGCGAACUGUGUGGAUUUAAAUCCAACCGGAAACUCGCCUGCUGCGAUCCAUGUCACUCUAGGCAUCUCCCUCUCUUCUUUCACCCAACCGACCUUGACAAGCCCGUCAAUGAGCGUACAUGCAUAAAGCACACCAGAGGCUUCUGGGUAGAGCCAGGCAAAUGCUUUAGCUUUGCAGAUUUAGAUGGACGGCCCACUCGGCUGCACAAGAUGCGAACCCCUCACUCCAUUGCAUUGAGUGAGGAUAAUGUCUAUGGUCGUAGAUACACCUUAUGGACGCAUUACGACAUCCUCACACUGCCAAUGCACAAACACGCUUCGAAGGUGCAAAUCGCCAAGAUCCUCAACGGCUUUGACUUGCCCACUUGCCCGCAUGUGCGCCUCAGUGACAGCACGAUUAUGGACCUCUGCAACAUCCCGCGCAACACAGUCUCCGAGCCGCUCGACCAGCGCUAUCCGCCUUUUUUUGACCCGGUCGAUCUCCGCGCGAAAUGCACGUUCCCGUCCUGCCUCACAUCAUUUUGCUGGACACAGCAUGCCAGUGUGGAAUGCCCCGGUUGGAAAACCAUCUACCUCCACGUGCUCCGCAAGGUUCGUUUCAACGCAUCUAUUGACCGUGUCUGGAUAGCGCAGCUGAUAAAGCCCAACGAGACGCUGAUGGAACGUCACUGGGACGAUUGCUUCCGGUGGAAAACAGAGAGGCUCGCUAUUGAGAAGGAGAGGUAUGAAAAUGAGGCAGGCAACGGUAACGACUCUAACCAUGAAGAAUACCUACGUCUUGAGACUCAACUCCGCCGGCGCGAGGAUGUUGUAGAUAUCCUCUUCCACCCACAUCGUUUACAGAACUACCCAGACAUCGCACGCAGGCUAGUGGGAACCGGUGAAGAUGUAUCCACAGCUGAUAACAGCAAUGGUCCAGACACACCGUCUGCUCCCAAUUGCAGCUCGUGGACCCCUCCAACCAAGGCAAUUGUCACAAUGGAAAUGAUUCGUGAUAUUGACCUCUCCGUAAAGUCUACACCGAAACAGCCAACUGAUGCAGUGUUCACGCCGUUCAUGACGGAGGAGGACUUUCAGCGAUAUGGCAAGCUCGAGGCCCCCGUGCAGGUGACUACAGAAAAGCAGAAGAAUCCAACGUGGUUUGGAAGGCUUCUUAAGCUCACACCCUGGUAG